AUGGCGUCUACGAGUAAACAGCCGACUGAUCUUUCAACAUUAAAUGAUACAUGUAAAUCAAAUCGGUGGUGGAAGUCGAAGCAAACACAAAAGCAUUCUGCUAUCAAAAAAGUGAAGCCAUUGAAGACAUCUUGGGAGAAAAAACAGCAAAUGAGAGCAAAGAAAGAGCAAGUGAAACUUCUGGAAAACGAAAUUCGUGAAAAGCAGAAACAGGAAAAAAUGGAAAAAAUCGAACGCAAGAAGGAGCAAGAGCGUCGGCGACUUGAAAAUGAGCGAAAGGGUGAAAUUGUGCAAGCAAUUACAAAAAUCCACAAAUUGAAAAAGACGAAAAAACGUCAAUUGCGAACAAUCCAAAUGCGAGAUACAACAACAGUCUCGAAAUAA